CGUCGCUAGAGCCUUUAAAGUAUCUCCUCGACGCCGACCUUCAUGCCACUGUGAGCGGAGGCAAUAUCCUGGACGGUUCAUCGACAUCUGCGCCGCUGAUUGGAGGAGUCGUUGUCAAAAUGGGUCUGAAGGACACCCUCAUCAAGCACACCGACCCAAAAGUCCUCGGCGCCUCGCUCUCGCGUCUGGGCGUCUCAAUCGGGACGGCAUUCAACCCGGAUCACAGGCACGAUGAGGAAUGUGAGAAGGAGGUAGACAGGAGGCGCGAGGCCAUUCGCGAUGGACAUCGCUUCAGGAGCUUUGCGCCGAUCAGAGAAGGGAAUGCAGUCAAGUUCUACUCGGAUGGGUGCGACUACUUUUGGGCUCUAUCCGAGAUCCUAGACAGUGCCAAAGAAUGCAUCUACAUUCUUGAUUGGUGGCUCAGCCCCGAGCUCUACCUGCGGCGACCACCUUCAAUGUUCGAAGAAUGGCGCGUCGACAGACUUCUCAAGCGCAAAGCCGAGGAGGGUGUCAAGAUCUUCGUCGUCGUCUACAAAGAGGUCACGCAAACGAUGACUAUGAGCUCCGCACACACAAAGCACCAUCUCGAAGCGCUCCAUAAAAAUAUCCAGGUCGCAAGACACCCAGACCAUCUCGGUGGAGAGGUGACGCUGUUCUGGUCACAUCAUGAAAAGCUUGUCUGUGUCGACAACCGUGUCGCCUGCAUUGGUGGUUUAGACAUUUGCUUCGGACGCUGGGACACGCAAAGCCAUCCCCUCGCAGACUUGCACCCUUCUGAUUGGCAGCGAACGCUGUUCCCAGGUCAAGACUACAACAACGCGCGUGUCCAAGACUUUCAACAGGUCGAUGACUUUAUGAGCAAUCAGCAAUCGCGGCUGGAGAUUGGCCGGAUGCCCUGGCACGACGUGCAUGUCUCCUUCUACGGGCCGGCAGCGCUAGAUGUGUCGAUGCACUUUAUCGAGCGGUGGAACUUUAUCAAACAAUUCAAGUACAAGCACGACCAUCAUUUCAGUUGGCUUGCAUUCCCCAACGGCGCCAACAAACCCGAAGAUGUCGACCCGCUCUUCCCAGAUGUUGCUCGGCACCCACAUCUGCAGCAGUUCGAAGAACUCGGCGAAAAGUUCCGCCACCCAUUCCACUCUGAGCAUCGCACGCAGGCGCUCGGAAACGCAAGCAACCCGAUCGCGGGUAGUGCUAGCAUUCAGGUGAUACGUUCAAGCGCCGACUGGAGCCUGGGCAUUCUAACAGAAAACUCGAUUCAAAGCGCAUACAUCGAGGCAAUCCGCGAAGCGAAUCACUGCAUCUAUAUUGAAAACCAGUUCUUCAUCACCGCGACGCAGUUAGGCGAAAAAGUGCAGAAUGUCAUCGGCUCGGCAAUCGUAGAGCGGGUCCUCUCCGCCGCGAAGGAUGGGCGCAGAUUCAAGGUCAUCAUCGUCAUCCCUACCAUCCCCUGCUUUGCGGGAGAGUUGGAGGAAUCCGCCGGCAUCCGCUGCAUCAUGGCAUUCCAGUACUGGUCCAUUUGCCGCAGCGAAAACAGCAUCUUCAAGACGCUGGAAAAAGCCGGCGUCAAUCCUCACGACUACAUUUCCUUCUACAACCUUCGGGGGUACGAUCGUAUCAAUUAUGACCGCAAGAUGAUCGCAGAGGUCGAAUAUGAGAGCGGCAUCUCCUUCCACGAGACGCAGGUAGCCAUCUCGCGCGUCCACCUCAGCGACGCGCAAAUUGGCGAUGGGCCAGCGCGCGAGGUGGUCAAGAUCCGCAACCCCGUCAGCGACUCGGACAAAGUCGAUGAAAAGACGGGCCAGCGCAAGCCGGCUGAGAUCGCUGCGAUUCCAUUGCCGGCUAGCACGGAGGAAGCCAAGAACUUGUUGAAGCGUUUCCAAGCAAAAGUGCCGCAGAGCCACCAGCAGGUGCGUGACUCGAUCGCCAGCGACAUCUUGCAUGGUCAGCGGCCAGAGCGCGAAACGUGGAAUGGCUCAGCAGCGGAUGAGAAAGCUGCAUACGUCACGGAGGAGACGUAUGUUCACUCCAAGAUUAUGAUUGUUGACGAUCGCCGCGUCAUCAUUGGGUCCGCCAAUCUCAACGAUCGCAGUCAGUGCGGCAACCGAGACAGCGAGAUUGCCGUUUGCAUCGAAGAGAAGGAUCUCUUUGAGUCACGCAUGGACGGCAAGCCGUACAUGGCCUCCACAUUUGCUGCAUCUUUCCGUAGACAUCUCUGGCGUCAGCACUUGGGCCUCAUCCCACCACAGGGUUGCACUCCAGAAGAAGCACGCUCGUUUCCGACUGCGGCGAUGCGGCCGGCCCCUUAUCCGAAUCCCGACCCUUCCAUAAUCAACGACGAGUACGACCAGCUUGUACAAGAUCCGCUUUCGGAGGAACUCGAGCGCAUGUGGAAAGGACAGGCAACAACCAAUACAGAGGUGUACGACGACGUCUUCCGCGUGGUCCCUUCUGACAAGGUCAGGAAUUGGAAGGACUACCAUUCUUUCUUCCCGAAGCCACCCAUCAUGACUGGUCAUGUCGCAGACCUCGCCUUCGACUUGGACUGGAUCAAGCAGCGUCUCUCGCAGGUGCGAGGCUCGCUCGUCAACAUGCCUCUGCACUUUCUCGAAGAGGAGGACCUUCAGAAAGGGUCGCGGGGCACAGAAGUCAACGAUGUCACUCUCAAAAUAUAUUUGUAACGUAUUCUCGUACUCACUGUAUAUAUAUAUAUAUAUAUAUAUAUGGGGCAAUUAGAC